AUGCCCAGAUGCCAACAUCCUCUUGUUCACUCAAGCUUGAAGAAGGCGAUUUCGAAAGUCGUCUCCUCCACAAACCAUUGGACGGGUCGUUAUGUGCUGUUUGGGCCGGCGGCUCCCGCUACGCAUGAUUAUAGACUGGAAACCGUCGGAAGUGGUUUGGAAGCCUUGAGCAAGCAAGCCGGGGGAGAUGCACAUGAAUUGAAUCAAUAUCCUGCCGGCAGUGCCAAUUUGGACUUUCCCCGCAAUGUGCAUUCCGCGUCGGAUUCCACAAAUGUGGGGUUCUCCGGAUUCCCCGCCAAUCGGCCUAUCAUGAAUCAUUCAGUAGUCGGAUUCCUUAUCCGCAUGAUCAUGCAAGAAAUACUCAUGGUUAAGCGUGCACACCAGAAAAUCAAGCACACCCGCUUGGCUUGUCUUUCGGCGCAGUUGGUGCCGUGUCCGGGACCGGAACGUACAGCUCUGCACCGUUAUGCAGUCACCAUGUUCAUCCAUAAAUUGGGUCGUAAAGCGCAUGGCUCCUAA